GUGGGGUUUCAAAUCCACUUAUCAGGUGGUAUUGUCUACUCAAUAACCACAUAUUUCAUACCCCAUUCCUGUUUCAACUUUCAUUCACAAACAAUGGCCGAUCAAAUGAUAUCAUCUAAACUAGAGCCAUGGCAUGACCUUUCGGGGAAAGUUGUAAUGGUCACCGGUGCGUCGUCCGGUCUCGGCAGAGACUUCUGCCUAGACCUUGCGAAAGCGGGCUGCAUGAUCGUUGCGGCCGCACGAAGGAUUGAUCGCCUCAUGGCUCUUUGCGACGAGAUUAACCAAUUCGGACCAACAGACGGUGUUGUUCGAGCGGUAGCGGUUGAGCUUGAUGUGAGUGCUAAGGGUCCUGCCAUUGAAGCCUCGGUGAAAAGGGCUUGGGAUGCUUUCGGACGUAUUGAUGCUUUGAUCAAUAAUGCGGGGGUUAGAGGUAGUGUGCAUAGUCCAUUGGAGUUGACUGAACUAGAAUGGGAUGAUACCAUGAGAACGAAUCUAACUGGAACAUGGUUGGUGUCGAAGUACAUUUGUUUAAACAUGCGUGACUCAAAACAAGGGGGGUCGAUCAUCAACAUCUCAUCGAUUGGCGGUCUUGAUCGUGGGCAUCUUCCCGGAGGUCUUGCAUAUUCUUCUUCAAAGACGGGUAUGGUCACAUUGACAAAGGUAAUGGCUAUGGAAUUGGGUGCUUAUAAUAUCAGGGUGAACUCGAUCAACCCAGGGCUUUUUAACUCUGAGAUAACCAAAGGUUUGAUGGAGAAAGAGUGGCUCAAUAAUGUGGCUCAAAGAACCGUUCCUUUGAGAACAUAUGGGACAGCUGAUCCGGCCUUGACCAGACUAGUUCGGUAUCUAAUUCAUGACUCGUCCGCAUAUGUAAGUGGCAAUGCGUUCAUUGUUGACGCAGGUCAAACCCUGCCGGGUGUCCCCAUAUUUUCUUCGCUUUAGAUCCCGUGUGGAUGAAGUGACUUAACUCCUAGUGCUUGAGAUUCUUACAAUUGGGAUAUUUGUGGGUAUAUCGUUAUGUAGUAAAGAGGGAAAUUAGGGAUAUUUGAAGUAAAGUGGGAAAUUAUCAAUUUUUAAGAUGUUUGAAUUUGUUACAAUUAUAAAUUAGAGAUAUGAGAUACUAGAAAAUUUAUUUGGGUAGAAAGACUAGGGUG